AUGGGUAAUUCAAUAGGUAUGCAUGAACAGGAGUAUAUGGUACAAUUACCAGAGAAAUUGAGUGAUGAACGACUGAUGAAACUAGAAUCAAAAACGCGAUGUUCUAAAGAUAAAAUUGAACAAUAUUAUCAAGAUUUUCGUUUAAACCAUCCAACUGGUUAUAUAACAAAACAAGAAUUUUUAUAUGAUAUGCAAGAUUUUCUUAUUACACUUUCUACGAUGAUACAAUAUGUAUAUGACGCUAAAGCUGAUCUGAAACAUUCAGGUAAAAUUGAUUUUUCCGAAUAUGUUAUUGCCAUGGAGCAAAAUUCGCAAACUUUGAAGUCAAUGAACCAAAUUCAUUAUAACAAGGAUGAUGAUGACGCGUCGCUGGGAGAAACAAACGUUAAUAAUAAAACUGGAAAGAAAAGAAUUUAUAACCAGCGAACUUGUAAAAUGACGAUCACAGUUGAUUUAAAUAUGAAAAGUGGAAUCUAG